UGGAGGAGGCAAAUGAUACCAAUAGAUCUUUGGAUAUUCGUGUCGCAUACGCGGUAGCGUAGAAUACGGCAGGAUGUCCUAACAAAAGCUAGCCCCUAAUAUCUCACACCAUAUGGUGGUGUGUUUGGUGCACCUGAAAUUAGAGCAAUCAAGGCAACAGAAGACUCACCGGGAGGCCUCAGAACAUAAAAUUGCAAAACCAGUGCAGGAGUUUAGGAGUUUCGCUAUAUUAGUUUUGUUAAUGUGGAGCAGAGGAAUCAGGUGUACGGUAAGGCACGAAAUUCCAGACCUCGAUAGGAACCUGGAACCUACGAACUUCUGGAACUCCCCCUCCCCUUCCCAAAAAGUAACACAAGCAGAACAAAGACAGAAAGCUAGGCACCAGGGAGCCGUUCUUGCAAAACGUUGAAAAAUGUGGUAGGACAGUGGAAGGGGUGCGAAGGGUGGUGUCGGAAUGCAACAAAUAUCAAGCCUCGCAUAUGCAUUGUCGGCAGAGUCGAUUUGUGCGCAUAUACGCGUCCACCGCGCGCGCGUUAGUGUGUCUAUGUGUAUGUGUUUGUGGUUUGCGAAUGUGGUAGACGCGAGAAGUUGCAUCGUACCAACAGUUCUAGCAGCUGAAGCAGCACCUGCAACAACAUCGGAUCAGUUGGAAGAACUAGUGAGUGCAUUGUGUGUGUGUGUGUGGCUGUGUUAAUUAGCGAGACGUUUUGCACACGGUGUUUGGCCUAAACAAUGCCCGGCAAGGUGAAGCACUAUUGAGGAUUAGCAAAAGACCAGACCAGAUGACACAGCAGCUUGGAUGGAUGGUGUAACAACGCCCGGCGUUGCUAUCUGCUGGUGGAGGUGGUCGUAUACCACCGAGCGAGCAAGCGUGUUGCUGGUCACUGAACAGUACUGAGGGUUUUUUGUUGUUGUUGUUGAAAGAAGACUGCCGAACAGCCGAAAGUGUUCCUAACAUGACGGCUCACGAAUCGUACGGCUUCAUCGGGACGUGGGAGAUUGUGGAGUCCCACCUGGAAGGCACUACGGAGAAGCUUGGACUAGAAGGCAUCAAGUUCCGGCUGGACGAGAUGGGGGACAUCAUCUGGUACAACGAUCUGAUCAACACGAACGGCGGCGCCCGGGACGGUCCGCUCGGGAGCCCGCGGCUCAGCAGCCUGAACGGGGCGAGCUUCUGCCCGAUCAACGACUCGGCCGCCGUCCUGUUCAGCUGCGAAACGUUCGAGGUGGUGGAGCUUUCGUCGAACGGGCCGGGCCUCAUCUUUGGCGCGUACACCGGGCACAGCAUCGAGUUCCGCACCAACCACUACAACCCGGGCGAGCAGAUGUCGCUGCGGUGCGACUGCUGGUGCGAGCUGCACUGCCAGCGCGUCAAGGAGGACCAGUCGGUCGGGCAGGAGGAACCGUUCACGCUCAUCUCCGUGCUGGACGAUGGCAACUUCUGUGAUGUGACUCUCAAGAGUUGUGAUAAUGCAAUCUACAAUGUGCACUCGCCGAUCCUGCGCCUGAACGGGUUCGACUGCAGCAGCAUGACGGCGGCCUCCACCUACCAGCAUCUGGCGAGCCGGUUCGAGUGUGCCGAGGCGCAGGCCCAGCAGCAGCAGGUCGCCUCCGCCGCCACCACCACCACCGCCGCCCAUCCGCCGCUGAUGAAGGUUUCCUCGGUGCCGUGCGCCCGAGCCGUGCGCGCCUCCAGCACCACCACCGGUCCCAGCUACGGUCGCGGCUCACCCGCCAUGAUGUGCAGCGUGAGUGCGAGCGCCACACCUUCCCUACACCCGGCCGCUCCACUCCUAAAUCCCAACUUCCUACUCCCACCAGCAUCGCUCGACUCGUACAGCCUCUCCCCCAAGCUGGUGGCGGCACACAUAUCCAACUCGUUCAACUGUCUAAUGCCGACGGACGGUGCCGCCAGCUCCAUCUUUCUCGACGUGCCAAAGCGGGCGACCCACAACCACCAUCACCACCACCAUCACCACCAUCACCACCAGGCGGCGUCGUCCUGCUCCGACUCGAACCUGCACCUGGACCGGAACGUGUUCUUCUUCCCGGACGCGGUACCGGCCGGCACCUGCCGGGUGAAGUUUAAGCCACCGUCGUCGCCGUUCCGCGCCCGCAGCCCGUCCCCGUUCCCGGUGGCAACGCUCGAUACGCCACCGUCCUCGCCGCUCACGCCCCUCUCGGUGCUGAACAACAUCCCGGCGAAGAUGCUGGCCACCAUUCUGCACUGGCUGUACUGCGAGUGUCUGCCCGAGCAGCUGGACGAGGACACCUGCAUCCAGCUGAUCAACAUGUGCGAAAGCACCACGCCACUGAGCCGGAUGAGCGAACCGUGCAAGAAUUAUUUGCGCAACAUCCAGCUGAAAAAGUUUGUGAUCGACAUCAUCAACGACCUGCACGACAGCCUGAACAACAUGAUCCAGAUGGUCAACCCGAGCACGAUCUCGCACAGCCCGUGCGUCCUGUGCCAGGUGUUCAAGGAGGGCGUGAAGGAGUGUCUAACCGCGUUCGUGAAGCUGCUCCAGUUUUGCAACAUCUUCACCAAGGACGCGACCACCUUCACCCGGCAGCAGCGGCACGAAAUCAUCAAGUACGUGCGCACCCGCAUGCCGAUCUAUCUGUCGCAGGUGCACCAGCUGCUGCAGAACGUGCACCUGGUGCUCGGCAGCCUCUCGCCGGACGAUCGGAACGAUCUCGUCUCCUACCUGGUGCCGGAAAUUACGGCCGCCCUCGAGGUGCUGACGGCGGCCGUGUCCGAGAUCAAACGUUCGCUCGAAGCCGUCUGCAAGGAUCUGAAGAGCAGCCAGCAGGAGCAGCAGCAGCAGCAGAAGCUGCACGAGAGCACCGUACAUGCGGGGCGCACCCAGCAGCAGCAGCAGCAGCAGCAGCCCACCCGAAGCAGCACGACCGGCAACAGCCGGGCCGGCGAACGGACCCACCUUAACCGGAGCCACCACGCACGGAGCAGUAGCAGCAGCAGCAGUGGUGGUGGUGGUGGCGGCGGCGCCGGCGGCAGCAGCAGUACGUCCGUACCGUCCCGGCUCGGCCACAGCCCGUCCGAGUCGGACCUGAAGUUCUUCCUGUACAUGUACGAGGUGAAAAAGAUGCGUGAUAUUUACGGGCGCGUGACGAACGCGCUCGAGGUGCUGCUGCACAAGAAGGGCACGUUCAACGAGAUGAACCUGCUGCACCAGCACCAGACGGUCAGGCGCAACCUGGAGCAGCUGGCGCUGGAGGUGCCGGCCGCGAUCGGCCAGCUCGAGGAGCUGUGCGACACGAUCGACGAGAAGAUUGGCUGGAAGGAGUUUAAGUUUUGCUUCAAGUUUCUCACCAGCCAAGUGAACGGCAUCGUGUCGAAGCUGCUGGAGCACAAGGCCGCGCUGAACGACGCAAUGUUUUACAUCUCGACGCUGGUGCAGAAGGAACAGUUCACCUGUGCGCUGGUCGAGCUCGGGCUGCUGGACAAGCGGAGCGUCGAGCCGGCCCUGCUGCACGAGUGUGCCGCCCGGCGCAGUGCGGUACGGUCGAGCGGGCAGCGGCAGCUCGAGUACGCCACCGUCAAGAUGAACCUGGUGCAGAACCUGUGCGAGUCGCCGACCGCGUCCCACAGCAGCCUGUCGAAGAAUGCGCUGAAGCUGCUGCACUCGGGCCAGCUGGCGGACAUGGAGUUUGAGGUGAUCGUGCCGCACCCGGAGCAGCCGGGCACCGAGGGCAGCGGUAUCGUCGCGCUCGGGCCGCCGACCUGCGGCGCCGAUCUCAGCCCGGACGAGGCGUUACUGCUGAACGGGGGCGGCAGCAAGGGUGCCAGCAUCGAAGCACCCGGCAGCAGCGGCAGCAGCAGCAGCAACAGCAGCAGCAACAGCACCACCAGCAAGGGCGGCAGGGGCACCCAAUCGCACUGCUUCAAGGCGCAUCGCGUGAUAGUGGCGGCCCGGUGCGAGUGGUUCAAGAAGGCGCUGCUGUCCGGCAUGCAGGAGGACAUUAAUCGCAAGAUUAUCAUCUACGACACCUCGCCGGUGAUCUUCCGCCGGCUGCUGCUGUACCUGUACGGGGCGCCGGUCGACCGGUCCGUCGGGGUCGACCAGCUCUGCGAGCUGAUGCUGCUCGCCGACCGCUACUCGGUCGACAAUCUGAAGGCGAUCUGCGAGCAAACGCUCGUGUCGUCGAUCGACGGCGACUCCGUCAUCUGUCUGUACGGCAUCUCGGACCGGUUCAAUGCGACCGCGCUCAAGGCCCGCUGCCUGUCCUACCUGUCGCAGCACACCGAGCUGACGCAGCUGGACAUCUUCCAGGAGCUGCCGGUCUAUCUGCAGAACGAGGUGCAGGAGCUGAUACGGUGGUGCGGGCGGGCCCCGGAACCGUGGUGCGAUCGGGAGCGAUCCCGCUCCGAUCGGGGCUCCCGCCACAGCCUGAAGAGCCCGUCGAAGGCGGCGAAAUCGUCACGGUCGCGCAAAACGUCACCCUCCUUCAUGUGACCGUGAUGACGCCCGCCCCCCUACACCGCUAUUCAUUGAACGCUGUGACUGUUGAUCAUCUGCCCGCAGGGCCAGGUGUUUGAUGGGUUAUAUACAUAUAUUCUAGUGAACACAACACAACAACACACACAAGCAAGCAAGCAAAAAGAAAAGAAAAAAAUCCGUAGUCACCAAAACACACACCACAUUCAUACAUAUAGUGUAUACUUCAAGGGAACUUUACCUGUACGAGCGGCUCUAGAUGGGCUCACUCUAUACGGGAGGAGGGGGGAAGGGGUGUAGGUAGUGAUUAAAAAAUUUGAACCAAAACUUUUAGGACCUGGAGGCACUUGGGGAUUGAGCGUGAGGACUGACACGGACGUGAUAGCUUCAGUACGGCUUGCGGAUGGGUCCGUAAGGUGCUUUGGAGACUGGUUGGAGACUUGGAGGAGCACUCACGACGUGCGAAGGAGCACGUGCCGCUGUGAAGGAACUCUUUCGGCAUGAUCGAUACAGCUUACACUGCAAAUCGUUUCGUUUAACUGGUGCUAAAUGGAUUACUCAACCUGCUAGCAGUCAAAUGCAGAUAUGUAUAGGUGUGUGUGUGUGUGUGUGUGUAAGUGUGAUUGUGCGUGUAUAAUGUGGGGUACGGUACGGCAAGUAAGCAAGGGAGGGAAAGGAGGACGAAGGCGUAGCAUACUACUGUUCGAUUGUUCGAUGGAAUGGGUUUUGAUUGCUGCCAUUGUACAUCUUUCGGUCAUUUUUUAACCCUUUUUUCUCCAUUCUCGCUGUAUCAUUGCAGAUAAUUGUUGCUUACCGACAGUCGGAGACUCUACUCGCUCCCUCACAGAAAGAGUUCGCAAGAAUGGAAGCAUUUUGUUUAGCGAAUAGCCUACUUCUGGGCGGCUGAUGUACAUUGCGCCUGAAAGUAUGCACAUACCGCACAGUAAAGGGAUCCCACUGCCGAUGGUCAGUACACCGGUAGUAGUUUAGGUCGGAAGGUCGGAACUGAACUGAAGCCCUGCAGUGUCUCGAAGCUGCUCUAGCUCGGACAAACUGCAAUGCAAACCUUCCAGCAAUGGUCUUGCGGUGCGCGGUGCUAUAUAACAGUAGUUUUGAUCAGUUUAGUGUUCCCGGCCCCAUCCUCCCCUCCAAUUAUAGGGUGGGCGCGAGCGGAGUGUAAGAGUCUGUGUGAGUGUGCGCGUGUAUGUGUGUAUGUUGCCUGUUUAAUACAGUUUCCUCUAGCUGUCUUGUUCGAAUGUCUAACGUAUAAAACCAAACAAACAAACAAAACAAAAAAACCCCGUAUUGGGCUGCCGUCUCCUAUACCCAGUGUGUGUCCUGGCGGCCAUGGUUGCUCCUUCCGUUCUGUAUUUGCCGUCUACUCGUCUUGGUUGGCGGUUUUGUGUGUGUUUUUAUUUGUUUUUUAUACUGCAGACGCUUUUAAUGGCGCGCGAUGCGGUUUAUUCUCCUCAUUAAACUGAAUACGAGUGGCUCAAUGAUGUAAUAAUGAUGGCCGCUAAUGGCGGCCCGCAGGAGCGUAAGCAAUGUGUGGCACGACGAUGGCACUCGCUGCAAGUAAGGAAUUAAUGGCACACGAAUGAUCGAGCUAGCUGAGACUAGAGUACAUUUUGGGUAUCUUCAAUGACAAAGCAAAAUCAAAAAAGUUGUCGUGUAGAAUUUUGGGGAAAACGAACCAAGGCGAACCAGAAACAACAAAAAAAAAGAAACAAAACAGUUUUAUUGUUUAGUUCUAUUGGGUGCAUCAUUCUACUCUUCUGCCCAUUUAAACAGCAAAUGAAAUAAACUAACAAUUCACUCCGUUUUCAAUGGUCA